CACGAUAAGGCAUUCUAACUUCGAAAUAAAUUUCGACCGUUGCGUUUCACUUCUCAGAAACCCUCGUCGGCUCUUCGAUCUCAAGCGAUACUUUUCCGAUUUCUCUACGCUCCUUCACUCUCUCUUUGCUUUUCUUUCCAUCUCCACUGUUGGGACACGAGCGCGGAUCGAGAUCGGGAAAUGGCGGGGAAGGACCCGAUUCAGAAGGAACCGAACCCAGUCGGGACGGCUGCCGCCGGCCAGAGCUUGGAGUCUCUGUUCAGCCCUAGGUUCAAGUCAGCGGCGGCGAUGGCUGGGUGGGAUGAAGAGUCCAUUUUACUUGCUAGCCUUAUUGUUGAAGACACGCCCGAUCGGGAUUUCAAGCAGAGGAAAAGAUCCGACCCCCUUUUCAAGACACCGCCUUCCAACAGUUCCAGGAGGAAGCGUAGGGUUCAGAGGAGGAGUCCGAUGCCUGCGACUGUUCUUAAUCUUGAUGAAGACGAACCCUCGAAAAAAGAAGUGAAUGAUAACAAGAAGAGUGAGUCCCAAGUUGCAGUGAAGGAAGAAGAAAAGAAGAAAUCUGAGAAGAAGGAUGAAGAAGGGAAUAAAGAAAAUUCAGAGGCUUCAUGCUCUAAUGCUGUUUUUCCUUGCUUGGAUAAGCUUCGAGCUGAACUUUCCUGUGCAAUUUGCUUAGAGAUUUGCUAUGAACCUAGUACCACAUCUUGUGGACACAGUUUCUGUAAGAAGUGUUUGAGAUCUGCUGCUGAUAAAUGUGGGAAGAAAUGUCCCAAGUGUAGACAGCUAAUAAGCAAUGGGAGAUCUUGCACAGUGAACACAGUUCUAUGGAACACAAUUCAGCUUCUAUUCCCACAAGAUGUGGAAGCAAGGAAGUCAGCCAUGGUAUUGAACAGCCGAGAAGCCACUAAUCGCGAAAUUCCCCGAGAAAGAGCAGUUGUUAACAAUGAGACGAGAAGGCUUAGUAGAGGUCUCAAUCCUAGCAGGCAAGGAAGGCCAUUGGGUCAUAACCAGAUUCAGAAUUCUGGAACCUCUCAAAGGUUGCAAAGAGGAGAGUUCAUGUGGUUAUCAAGCCGGGAUGGUGAUGAUGAUGAUGGAGUUGGGAGGCGAAGGGGAGGACAGAAUGAAGGAGGGGAAUCAGCAUUGUCUAGAAGGGUUGAAAGAGGAGAAGAGCUUGCAAGGUUGUUGAGAAGAGAGGCAGAAAGUAGAGGGAGAAGAAGAACAACAAGAGAAGUUACUAGUGUUGUACCAAGCCAAGAUGGAGAUGCUGCUUUAGCCUUUAGGCUUCAGAGGCAAGAGUUCAUGGAGGCAUUUAGGGAACCUGAUGAAGGAAGGCAAGGAGGAAGAAGCGGUCUGCAAUCGGCUAGAGCAAACUUGAGAGCAAUGGCGUCUAGAGCUGUCAACGUUCGAUCCAGGGGAGGACAGUAUAUGUAAAAGACUGUUUUAAGUUUAUGAGAUGUAGAAUAUAGUUUUUCCUUAGGAGGAUAUAAGGGUUUCUUUGGGAGUAUCUUUCUCAUGAUUUUUCUUUUUCUAUAGAGUAUCUUUUUCAUGAUUUCUGACAAGAUUUGACUGUGAACCACAUACUUUGAUUGAAUGAGGUUUGUUGCCUGAUCAAGCAGGAUUUAUAUCUGUAACACCACAGUUUGUUGAUUUGGUAAACAUGCAAGGCAUGAUGCAGUUGAAAUCAGCGAGGCCAAGCAUCUUUAUGAGGCCCUUUUCAUGUUUUGGCAAAGCCGUUUAGAGCUGAUAAUGCAAAGAAUAAUUGAAUUAGUCCCAAAUCAUAUCUUUUUCGAUUUUGAACUGAGUUAUCUGUGACGAAAUGAUACAAGAUACAUAUUAAAGUUUUUUUCAACAACUCGAACUAUAAGAGUGAGUUGCUUCUCAACAUGAGGAUAUGUCAAGUGCCUGAAUCUCUCUAUGACCUCAAAAUUAACGCUUGAUUAGUACAUGUAUGCUAUUGCUAGGUCUUCUGUCAAAAUUCAAAUUCAAGGGUUGACUUCCAUUCGAGGCACGUGUAGGAAAAUAAUAUAUAAUCCGUUAUUGGGAUCUCUCCCAAAAGACAAAAGUGAACUGAUUCAAGACAAUUUCAAAUUGGUUCCAAUGGCAAAGCACAAGCAAGCCAUAUAGGGCAUGACAAGCAUGGUUGUUCAUCUGUGUCUUGAACUGACCAGUCCCUUCAUUCUGUUACAACGUUUCUUUCCCAGUUUGGAAUGAGAGAAAGGCAAUACAGCCAAUACUUGUAAUACUGCAAUUUUUGGACAACUUAUGAAGUCAACUCGGCUAAAUUACACGUUUGCUCACCAAAUUGCAUGAAUCUUUCACGUUUGUCACUCAAAUUACUUUUUUUUUCUUAUUGACCACUAACUUUACGAAUCCUUUCACCAGUAGUCAUUGGCCAUCAGUCUCCGCCAGACUCUGUUAACUCCGUUAGUUUUUUGAUGAUGUGGCAAACGGAAUUGCUGAAGGUAAGAAAGAAAAGUAAUUUCG